AAACUUCCGUACACUUUGCCCACACGUGUGUAUCGGCCACUCGUCUCAGGAAUGAAUCAGCUUACCAGAAGAAGGGUUGUACCAUGGAAAAACAGGAAAGAGUUUGAGUGUGUAUACAAUGAGGUGUUUGGAAAUGAUCCAAAGCUACAGGCACAUGCUGUGGGGAGGAUUGAUGUGUGGAGAAGCAGGGCUUUGCACAAAAUUCCUGUAGCCAUUGACAGCACAGCAGCCAUUGUUCAUGCCAAGCUUCACCACCAGGAGGCAGUCCAAUCAACGCAAGAUAGACAGCAAGAUAAUGAAAUACGGUCUGCCUACAGUCUGGCUCUUAUCAGAUUUGUCAAUCACAUUACAGAGAAGGGCCAGUCAGGAGGAUAUGCCCAGCCUGUCCAUGUACUGGCUAGCAAGUUUGGUGUGCCGGUGUGGAUUGUGGAUCUACGUCAUGACGCCACCCACCGACAGCUACCUCCUCUUCCCAUGCUUAUGACAGCAUGUGAUUGGGCACUGUCUUGGCUCAAGACAGAAUUUUGGAAAGAGCAAUUGAAUUCCAUGGCCCAAAAAAUUGAUCUAAAGACAAGCCAAGUCGCUCAAACAUUGGAUGUACGUGAAAUCGUGGAGAAAUAUCAGCAACAGAAGUUUCAGGAAAUAAGUGGGAAAAAAAACAAAGACAAAUCUGGUAAAAUUCUACAGGACUUGGAAAGAGUUCACUUUGAAAAUGGAGAAGAGUUAGUGACCUGUCUGGUAGACGACGGCUUUAUAAUUCCUACCCAAGAACAGCUGCUAGCCUUAAGGAUUGACUCGUCCAACUUGGACAUGGCGGACUGUGCUCUCCCACAGACGAUUAGCUUGUUCUGGAAACCAGUCCUUCAAUUCCUCCAUCAAUAUGAACUCACAAACAGCCUUUUGAUCAAGUUGGCCUCGAAAAUAACAACAAAAUCCUGUUUGCAGAACCAUAUAAUGUGUGGCUGGAUUCAUCAUAUAAUUUCAUCAAAUGAACAUGCAAAUAGCAGAAAUUCCUAUCGCAGUCCCACAAGACAAUAUAAGUGGUCAGAGCCUUUGACUUUUCGUCCUGCUCUUGAAUCAUUGGUCCAUAUUCCAUGUGACCACACCACUCCAUUAAUUAAAAGGUUAUUAGAUCUUGGGGAAAAGAAUGGGGAGUAUACAAAGACCCAGGCUUCAAUGAUAAAUGGUGUCAUGACCAGACUUCAGCCGUCUUUACCUAUAGGACAGGCAGCACCAAACAGACUGGGAGAGACUGUACCUAUAGGGCAAGGAGAAAUGAACAGAACAGAGGACCAGGAUAAAAACAUCUAUAAUGUUAAAGAUGUAAAAUCCAGGAAAAGGAAGUUAGAAACUUUAGAAGAUGACUUUCCUGUAAAAGUUAUGUGGCAGAUAUGUGAAGAUGAUGUGGAUUGGUCACAGGUACCCAUUGGAAUACUUCCGGGACAAACUUUGGACUACUUGACCCUGGACUUAUCAACAAACAUUGAAAAGAUUGAGAUGAACAUUGUGGACAAAAUGGAGGAAAGUUGCUGCGACUUUGAAUAUUCAACUUGUGAAGAAGAUAUCGAUGAUGGAAUGAUAUGGUUCAAAGAGACUUGCCAUCAGGAUGAGGGUAUUGUUCCGACCUCCACCUGGUCCUUACAGCAGAUGGUGGAGAUAAAACAGGGUGUCCGGCUUCUAUGACACAAAUGUGAUAAAAACAUUUCAGCAUGAUCAGACAUACAAAAUGUACUACUUCUGAACAGUGUAUUAUUAUGUAAUACUAAGUGCUUUUAGUCCAGAAUAAAAUUAUUUCAAAAUGCUGAGAGAAAAAAAA